UGAUAGGCUUGGUUCAUCAAACUGUACCAUGGAUGCUGCUGUUGCCCAAAAACCAAAGCUAUGCAGAUUCUUCUUUCCUUUGGAAAAGCAAUUGAUGUUAUUUCCCAUUUUAAUUCUGCUGAUAAACCAGGCCUCUAAAAUGAACGCCGAGGACGGCGUUAUGGAGGAACUGGCAUCUGAGAAAGAGGCAGAAGAAAGUCAUCGACAGGACAGUGUGAAUUUAUUGACAUUCAUUUUACUGCUGACAUUAACAAUUCUGACCAUUUGGCUUUUCAAACACAGAAGAGUUCGUUUUCUCCAUGAGACCGGGUUGGCAAUGAUAUACGGACUGUUGGUAGGUGUGAUCCUGCGUUAUGGAAUCCCAGCCACCAGCUACCACAAAAAAACUCCUCCCAGCUGUUCUCUUGAGGAGGGGCCAGUCAGUACGCUCCUACUGAACGUCAGUGGGAAGUUCUUUGAGUACACGCUGAAAGGAGAGAUCAACUCGAGGGAGAUACACAACGUGGAGCAGAAUGACAUGCUGCGUAAGGUUACCUUUGACCCUGAAGUAUUCUUCAAUAUACUGCUACCUCCAAUCAUUUUCCAUGCUGGAUAUAGUCUCAAAAAGAGACACUUCUUCAGGAACCUGGGCUCCAUCAUAACCUAUGCCUUCCUAGGAACAGCUAUCUCAUGCUUCGUCAUUGGAAACCUGAUGUAUGGAGUGGUGAAGCUGAUGCAGUUCAUAGGGCAGCUGACUAACAAGUUCUACUACACAGACUGUCUUUUCUUUGGAGCCAUCGUCUCUGCCACUGACCCAGUGACGGUGCUGGCCAUCUUCAAUGAGCUCCAUGCAGAUGUGGAUCUUUAUGCCCUGCUGUUUGGAGAGAGUGUCAUGAACGACGCAGUGGCCAUCGUCCUCUCCUCGUCUAUUGUAGCCUAUCAGCCGGCUGGAGCCAGCACACACACCUUCGAUGCCACAGCCUUCUUCAAGUCAGUGGGGGUUUUCCUGGGCAUCUUCAGUGGAUCCUUCGCCAUGGGAGCCAUCACUGGAGUGGUCACUGCCCUCGUGACCAAGUUCACCAAGCUGCACUGUUUCCCUCUGCUGGAGACGGCCCUCUUCUUCCUCAUGUCCUGGAGCACCUUCCUAUUGGCCGAGGCCUGCGGGUUCACAGGUGUCGUGGCGGUGCUAUUCUGUGGGAUCACUCAGGCCCACUACACAUACAACAACCUGUCUGAGGAGUCCACCAAGCGCACCAAGCAGCUGUUUGAGGUCCUUCACUUCCUAGCAGAGAACUUCAUCUUCUCUUACAUGGGCCUGGCUCUGUUCACCUUCCAGAACCAUGUAUUCAGCCCCAUCUUCAUCGCCGGGGCCUUCCUGGCCAUCUUCAUAGGCCGUGCCUCCAACAUCUACCCCCUCUCCUUCCUGCUCAACCUGGGACGCAGACACAAGAUCAGGGGCAACUUACAGCACAUGAUGAUGUUUGCAGGCCUGCGGGGGGCAAUGGCGUUUGCCCUGGCAAUCCGGGACACAGCUACCUACGCCCGUCAGAUGACGUUCACCACCACCCUCCUCAUUGUCUUCUUCACCGUCUGGGUGUUUGGAGGAGGGACCACCCCCAUGUUGUCAUGGCUACACAUAAGGGUCGGAGUGGAUCCAGAUCAAGACCUGCAACAAUGUGGAGAUAACUUCCUGCUCUUUCAAGGGGACGGGACCAUGCCAGAAGUCAGUAAAACCAAGCAGGAGAGCGCCUGGCUCUUCAGGCUGUGGUACACCUUUGAUCACAACUACCUGAAGCCCAUGUUGACUCACAGUGGUCCUCCUCUCACCACGACCCUGCCAUCCUGCUGUGGUCCCCUGGCACGAUGCUUCACCAGCCCUCAGGCCUACGAGAACCAUGAGCAGCUGAGAGACGACGACUCCGACCUGAUCCUGAAUGACGGCGACUUGGCGCUGACCUACGACGACACGGCCAUCACGGCUAAAGGAGCGUCCAGUGGAGGGGCGGACGCGGGGGGCUGGGGGGUCAACGGGAAGAGGAGCAGCAGCACAUCUGAAGAGGCACUAGAGAGAGAGAUGGACCAGGAAUUCCUGUCCCGCAGCACACGCCUUGUCUUUCCCAUCGAAGACCACGCCUGACCCCUACACCAUGACCCCAUGAACCCUCGCCCUUCAGCCCACACACACACCAGACUAUGGGAGGAGAGGAGGAGAAUGGGAGAGUGAGGGUUGGAGGAAAGGGUUUGGUUUAAAACAGGGCUGAUAUUAGAUGUCAUUACUUCCCGGUAUGGGACCUCCUGUGUAUGCACCCAAAACAAUAAAUUGCAGCUAAACUAGUACAGUGUAGGAUAGCAGGGGUCUGCAAUAGGUUUGGCCUUUUCUCUGCUAAUAGUCAACAUCGAACAACAUCAUAACAGCCCAUUCAUAGGCCUCUGCUACAUCAUCAUAACAGCCCAUUCAUAGGCCUAUGCAACAACAUCAUCAUAACAGCCCAUUCAUAGCCCUCUGCUACAUUAUAACAGCCCAUUCAUAGCCCUCUGCUACAUUAUAACAGCCCAUUCAUAGCCCUCUGCUACAUUAUAACAACCCAUUCAUAGGCCUCUGCUACAUCAUAACAGCCCAUUCAUAGGCCUCUGCUACAUCAUAUUAGCAGCCCAUUCAUAGCCCUCUGCUACAACAUAACAGCCCAUUCAUAGGCCUCUGCUACAUCAUAAUAGCAGCCCAUUCAUAGGCCUCUGCUACAUCAUAAUAGCAGCCCAUUCAUAGGCCUCUGCUACAUCAUAAUAGCAGCCCAUUCAUAGGCCUCUGCUACAUCAUCAUAACAGCCCAUUCAUAGGCCUCUGCUACAUCAUAACAGCCCAUUCAUAGGCCUCUGCUACAUCAUAACAGCCCAUUCAUAGGCCUCUGCUACAUCAUAAUAGCAGCCCAUUCAUAGGCCUCUGCUACAACAUAAUAACAGCCCAGUCAUAGGCCUCUGCUACAUCAUAAUAGCAGCCCAUUCAUAGGCCUAUGCUACAACAUUAUAACAGCCCAUUCAUAGGCCUCUGCUACAACAUCAUCAUAACAGCCCAUUCAUAGGCCUAUGCUACAACAUCAUCAUAACAGCCCAUUCAUAGGCCUCUGCUACAUCAUCAUAAAAAUCCCAUUCAUAGCCCUCUGCUACAUCAUAACAGCCCAUUCAUAGCCCUCUGCUACAUCAUAACAGCCCAUUCAUAGGCCUCUUCUACAUCAUAACAGCCCAUUCAUAGGCCUCUGCUACAUCAUAAUAGCAGCCCAUUCAUAGGCCUAUGCUACAACAUCAUAAUAGCAGCCCAUUCAUAGGCCUCUGCUACAUCAUAAUAGCAGCCCAUUCAUAGGCCUCUGCUACAUCGUAAUAGCAGCCCAUUCAUAGGCCUCUGCUACAUCGUAAUAGCAGCCCAUUCAUAGGCCUAUGCUACAUCAUAACAGCCCAUUCAUAGGCCUCUGCUACAUCAUAAUAACAGCCCAUUCAUAGGCCUCUGCUACAUCAUAACAGCCCAUUCAUAGGCCUCUGCUACAUCAUAACAGCCCAUUCAUAGGCCUCUGCUACAUCAUAAUAGCAGCCCAUUCAUAGGCCUCUGCUACA